UGUCGCACGUUCACACGCGUGGAUCUCGUUGUUGCCCGCUGGACUGGAGUUGGAGGAGCAAUUGCAAGCGGCUUCUCCACACAAUCUUUCGCCCCGCGAGCACGACUUCUCUUCAGGGAGCAACGCGCCCGUCGAUCUCUCGCCGCGAGUGAUUAAUUAUGUUCGAGAGAAAAUUGAAGGCGCUCGGCUACCUGGAGUGGGAUAAAGUCAACGGAAAUAAUACUCAACACUUCAGAAAGGUGAUUGUAUGGCUGGAGGAUCAGAAGAUACGUCAUUACCCCAUAGAGGAACGUGAGCAGUUGAGGGACAUUGCCACCCCGAAUUGGCCGAGCAUUUUCGAGAAAUAUUGCAACGACGUCAAGUGCCCGAUAGCCAAGAACGAGAUCGAUCAGCUGGAAUGGUUCUUAGGAUACGCCAUUUGGCUGGAGUACGGAGAUGACUGCCAGAAAUAUCAGCAGGUCGUGGGGAGUAGGGCAAAAGAUAAAAAGGAGGUGAUAGUGCCUAGUAUCAAGUCCACGAAUCCUCUAGAUAAAUUAAAUUUUGAUAGCGACGCUUUCAAGAUCGGAGUUAAUUCGAUAGCCAAGCUACUGAACGUACCGAAGCAUUCUGAUCACCUAGUAACGCUGCAAGGGUGCAGCAAACUCGUGUGCAACAAGCUGAGCGCGGACGCGAUUAAGCAGCAGCCCAACAAUGCCGUGAACAGCGCCAAGAGUAAAUCGCUGACGAAGAUGAUGAUAGGGCCCAGCUUUAACAUGGGCGACGCGAUGUUGGACAACGCCGCGAAGGGCCUCUCCUUGCUGUACAUACAGGAUCUCAGGAAUCUCCAGACGAAGAUCAACGAGACGAUAGUCGCUGUGCAAAAUAUAACGGCUAAUCCGAAAACAGACACCAAAUUAGGAAAAGUUGGUAAAUAAAUGGCUAUAUAUUUUUUUUAUUCUACAAAAGCCAUAUACUUGAUACCUCGAAUGGAGGAAAUCAAAUUUCUACGUCAAAUUAGCAGAAUAUUUAAUGUCUCGUGCACGUCUCAGAGUAAUCUCAAAGGAAGCGUUUGUACUGUAAAACGAGAUAUCUCUGUGUUAAUUUAUUUUUACUUCGUGCCAAAUCUAUGAAUGUAUCUCGAUUUCGCAGAGAAACGCAGUGUGUAAUAUUUGAUUCUCUCUUGUACAGAACUUGGUAUACAUCACAUCUAAUGUAGAUAUACCAAUAGCAUAAAUUUGUUAGUGUAACAAAGAAUACUCAGUAUGUGCAAAUAAAAGUCAUGCUGUUAAUUUACACCUAAAUACAAUGGAAACAUUAGAAUAAUACAUUUUGAUCACAUUAUAUAUUAAAAUAUAUAUAAAUAUCAAGCAAUAAAUGUAAAUUUAAUCCUGAUUUGUUUUGUAAUUCUCAGUGAGCAUGUUAGAUACUUAUAUUAUGAAAAGUAUUUUUAGUUUUGAGUUACUAUUAUCAUUAUACAAAUGUCCAAAUAAUUUAAAUAUAUAAUUGGACUAUAUUUGCUGAAAAAUAAUUCUUUGAAAGGAUUAAAUAUAAAUUUAUUUAAUAUGUAAUAAAUAUGUAACGAAUAUAUACAAGCUAAGUAUUUUAGAUUGUUCACUAAGAUGAAUUUACUUCCUUGUAAUUAUUCACUCACUUUUAAACUGCUUUAAAAUUUGAUAUACCCGUAGCUAUAUAAUGUGCCUAAAUAGUAACUGAAAUCCUCAAAGUAUUUUCAGUGAAAAAAAAAAAAGAAAAUUGAACUGCCUCCUAUUACCGAACGCUUUAUUGAAAAAAUCGGUUGUAUGUGUAUAUAUAUAUAUAUGAACAUUUUUUUAAUCCGAUACAUAUUUCGUAAGAUUUAAAAAAAAGUUGUUGGAAAAGUUAUAUGUUUUUGGUCGCAUAAUUAUUCGAAUGUAAUUUUAUACAGCACAUCUGAAUAAAAAAGAAAUUAUGAAUUAUAA